AUGUCGCCUUCGCAGAUAAUCGACGCACUCAAAAAGCACAUGAACGUCACUAAUGGUCCUCUUGCGAAGGUCACGUCAGGCAUGUCGCCUUCGCAAAUAAUCGACGCACUCAAAAAGCACAUGAACGUCACUAAUGGUCCUCUUGCAAAGAAAUUGCACGAGCUGUUAAACAUGUCAUCACAAACCGACAUCACGAGACUUCCUGCGUCACCAUCAGCGGCAUCAUUAUCUCCAGAGGAGGAACAGCAAUUGCUCAAGCAGCUCCAAAAAAUCAUGAAAGAUCAUCCUGGCAUACUGAACUACACCAAUUCUUCUGGCGACCAGAUUCUUAAGAGAAUCGCUAAUUUGCCGCUCAGCAACCUUUCAGUUGUCGCAAAAGCUCUGCUUUGGUGGACAAGGAGAGAAACGUUUCAAGAUCAUGGUUCUAGUGAACCGGACAAGGUCACGUCAGGCAUGUCGCCUUCGCAAAUAAUCGACGCACUCAAAAAGCACAUGAACGUCACUAAUGGUCCUCUUGCAAAGAAAUUGCACGAGCUGUUAAACAUGUCAUCACAAACCGACAUCACGAGACUUCCUGCGUCACCAUCAGCGGCAUCAUUAUCUCCAGAGGAGGAACAGCAAUUGCUCAAGCAGCUCCAAAAAAUCAUGAAAGAUCAUCCUGGCAUACUGAACUACACCAAUUCUUCUGGCAGACCAGAUUCUUCACAGACUCGCCAAUUUGCCGCUCAGCAACCUUUCAGUUGUCGCGAAAAGCUCUGCUUGGUGGACAAGGACAGGUGA